ACUGUCAACUACAGGAGACGCAAGGACAACUGAUAAGCACUGCUUCCAUAUCAAUUUUACUUUCACAUAUCCCGUUUUGUGCAGAUUUUCAGGGGGUGAUUAUGGAUUACAAUCCACGAGCAGUGCAUCGGCGUUCCUGAAGAAGCAAAUUGUCCAGCUUUGCAGUUUUUCACUUAGACGCUCUUAUUUGACUUUUCCCAAGUUUCGUUUUCUGACUGUGCAGUUGGGAACACCCCAGUAAGCUACGUCCUAUGAGCCAUCUGGAUGAAUUUGGAUCCAUUUUCGGGGAAGCUGUUGAUUUCAUACCAGGCAAGCCUCACCUGAGCACUUGCAAAAUGCAACACCUGCAUCUAAGACCAAAGAAAGGGGAAGACCGCAAAAGAGCAUCUGACAAUGACUUCGGAUUUCACGGCCGGCCAGAGGCGCCACAAUCCAGUGGACAGCAUCUGCCGCAAGAUCCAGACCAUUCAGAGACGGGAUCAAGAGGCUAACUCGCCUUUUCAGAUCCCCAAAUUCCAGUCCCGGAACUACGACAGCCCCCAGACCAGCCUGAAGAGGAACCUGGAGGCUAUCCUGAAAAAACGGACGGUCAGGAACAAGGAGGGCGACUCUCCGUGCUUCAGGAGCCCCGGAAUGGAGGUCAUGACCCCAAACGGCUCAGCGUUUCCACUCCACUCUGCCAAUGGAGUGUCUCCAGCAAACGCCACCUAUACCAUCUUAAGCCUCACAGGGGAGAGGAGACCCUGGCAGAUUAGGCCGUGGUCCCGGAGCUGCUCAACACCCACCUCCCAGACAGGGGAGAAUUAUUUCAGCUUUUCCAAGUGCCCCACCUAUAGGAGAGCAGAGGACAGGAGCUCCAGUCUGGACAGAAACGAGGGGAAUCUCGUGUCGCGCGGUGUCCACCUCUACAGCUCCCCCGAGAAGCAGGAGUGCGACAGGGCCUACCAAGCUCUGGUAGUGAAAAGACUCUCCAUGGGGGAAGGCACCGGUAAUCUACUUUCAUCUCGGUGCAGAAAAGACAAUGCUUCAGAAAUAAGCCUGAUUUGUGAAGAGGAUCUCUUGGACACCAUCUUUCAUGCUUGUGACACACAGCGCAGAGGCAAGGUGUCCGUCUCCAGGAUUGUCGACUACCUCCGGCACACCACCAGCCGAGAAUCCGAGGACAGCGGCCUGGAGGAGCUGUGCAACAUGCUGGACCCGGAACACAGGGACAUCUCCAUCGACCUGGAGACCUACCACGCCAUCAUGAGAGAGUGGAUCAAUGACUGUCGCAAUCACGGGGAUGAGACUACAGCUGAAGGUGAAACAGAAGACUCACAGAAGUUGUCAGACAGUCUUUCAGCCAGAAAAUCUUUUGCAAUGAACAUGACGGUGGGCAGUUUAGAGGCAUUUGGGGGAGAAGUGUCAAGAGGUGAUCUAGAGACAUCAGAUCUCGUCUACUGCGUGGCAGACCUCCAGUUCAACAACCAAAAACUGCAGGAUGAGGUGCGUAAGCUGAAACUGGCUGUGGACACCAUGGAGGAAACAAACAACAAAUUAAUGGAAGAAAAUGAGGAACUCAAGACACAGGCUAAAAGUGGCCAGCAGUCUGCCAUGAAGGAGAAGCUGCUGAAGGGGGAACUGGAGGAAAUGAAAGUAACUCUAAAUAACAUGGAGGAGAACAGAGCCAGGUCUGUGGCUCAGAACAAACAGAUGGAAAGAGAGAAUCAAUCUCUUAUUUCAAAGAUUGCUUCACUGCAGGAGGAGAACAUUAAGAAUAUGGUGGACAUUGACCACCUUCAGAAGAAGAUGGCUGAGCUGUGCGCUGUUAAUGCUGAUCUCCAGAUGCAGGUGCAUUCUCUCGAUAACAUUGUUGGUGAAAAGGAAGCUCUCCUUUGUGAGAAAAAUGCCCAGAUUCAGGAGUUGAAGUCUACCAUAGAGGAAUAUUCUUCAGUAACUGACCUGCUGAGGGCUGAAAAGAAUAAGCUGGAAAGCCACGUGGAGAUGCUGCAGCCUGCCCUGGGCUUGGACGGCAUGAGUCUCUCGGGAGCCUACCGACUGAACCAGAGCACCACGGGCUCGCUGCAGACGGAGCUGGCCCUGGCUCAGCAGGCACCAGAGACUCCUGCGGCGGUGAGCAUGUUGGCCGCGCCGUACCACGCUCCCCUGGACGAAACCCUUGACAGGGACGUGUUCCUGCUGCUGCAGGGCCCCGCGUCCGAGCAGAACUCCGCCGAGUUCAAGGCCGUUGUCCGGAAACUGCAUCAAGACUUUAGAGAGGAUAUCUGUGCAGUUAUGUGUACACUAAAGAGAUUCACAGAAAACCAUAUAGAAAGUGAAGAUCUACGUGAAAUCUGGCUUAAGACUAUGAACAGCGAGCUGGAAGAAAAAAGGAAUGUUUGGCUUCAGAGGGUCCAGCUGCUCGAUCAGUAUAAGUGCUCCCUGGAAGAGGAGUUAAUUAAAGUAGCAAGCAGGCUGCGGAGGUGUAGGACUGAGGUUGCUCAUCUGAAGAAAGAGCUGUCUGCCAGACUCCCGGAGCUGGAGGCCCAGAGGCAGAUGCAAGGGGAUGACAAACUGCGUGCGCGGCCCGAGCGUGGCCUCGCUGAGGCUGCCUCCCAGACUGAGAGCUCAGCGCCCCAGGUUGCAGACAAGUCAACAGCAGCUUCUUUGCUCUGGGAAGAUGAGUCCCUGCUGAGAAACGAUCUGCAGGACACAUUACGUGAGAGAGUGAGCCUGCAGGACAACAGCCAAGCUCUGGCUUUGAGCUGUGGACAGUUUGAGCAGAGACUAGAAGAGAAACGAGUUAAUGAGCACACGGCUGUGGAACCGGUUCCAGAUCUCUGGGAGUUGUCCUGCAAGAAAGACGAAAGCUGCAGACUUUCAGGGCCCGGAGAAGCAGUCCAUGAUGUCAGCCAAGCUCCGGAAUGCAUGUCUGAGGUCCUCUAUCACUCAUACACACCGCUGUUUGAUGCACUGACCUUGGACCUCUUGUACCUUUAUCCAAGAAUCCACAACAAGAGUUCUAGGAUCCCAAGAUCUGCACCACAGUACAUUGAGUCAUUACCUGGACAGCAUCCAUCUGGAAAGCUGGCACUGCCGGAUACCGGAAGGUACAAGUUGUCUGUAGGUGUACAAGUGGAAGACGGACUAACUGUGUCCAUCAUGACUGAUGCCAAGGUUAGUUUUCAGGAAGUUCCAUCAUUUACAAAUAACAGAAAAGGUUCUCUUUGUUUCUCUAAUCUAUCUCAGGAAAUCGCCACAGACCAGUUGCCUGUCGCCGCCACAGAAGCCGCAGACAGUGCCAGUCAUGCCAGCCUGCCUUUAGAGAAGACGGCUCAGGUUUCUCCAUCGCAGGCCGGUAUGUCAGCAGACGGUGUGUCACGGGGAGAGGAUGCUAAGCUCGCUGGCGGGAUCCCUCCACAGAUUCAGGACUGCGAAACGAGCUCCCCAGCAAAAAGUGAGAAACCUGAGGAUGGAAAUGGGAAAGCUGCCCUGAACACAGGACUCCCAGAUGGAAGUCCGUCUACAGUGACUGAGAGCCGGGGCCCUUGUGGAAUUGUGCCAAAGAAAGACACAGCGAUGCAAAGAAGUAAAUUUAGAAAGAACCUGGAGCAUACUCAAAGUAUGGAAGCUAUAGAGGAGCACACACCCCAAGAAGAGCAAAGUGACUCGACUCAAAACGAAGUUCCCACGGAGAGUGCUGCAAACAGAAAUAAGUCUCCAAAUCAGGAUAAAAACAUCUUCUCCCCUAGUGAAAAAGAGGUGGAGACUGAAUUUCACCGUUUGUCUCUGGGCUUCAAGUGCGACGUGUUUACUCUGGAGAAGCGUCUGAGGCUGGAAGAGCGCUCCAGGGAUCUGGCGGAAGAAAACUUGAAAAAGGAAGUCAAGAACUGUAAAGGCCUGUUAGAGAAACUCGCUCCCUUGUGUGAGGAUGAUAAUCAGUCCCUAGAAAUUAUCCAGAGACUACAGAAGAACUUUGACGUUCUCGUCCAGUCCAUGUCCAGAGUGUCGAACAGAUCUGAAAUGCUUGGUGCAAUUCAUCAGGAGAGCCGAGUCAGUAAGGCUGUCGAAGUGAUGAUUCAGCAUGUGGAGAAUCUAAAGCGCAUGUACACAAAGGAGCAUGCUGAGCUGCUGGAGCUGAAAGAGACGCUCGUGCAGAGCGAGAGAUCUUUUGGGUCCUACUCGGAGAGAGAUGAUCUCCGGAACAAAAAGACUUCAGGAUCUCAGUACAGCAAGCCUUCCUCAAGACGAGUGAGCGUUCCUGCCAUAUCCAGAAAUAUUGGAAAUGCUUCCCAUUUUGAAAUGCCGAAGCUUCAUGAGAUCUCGGAGACCGAAGCCGACAAGCUGUGUAGAACUGGGAAUUGGAGGGUAAUGGGAAUGAAGCAAAACAGUACCCGUCCUACAUUACAGCGGUUCGUGAGCUCAUGUCCUUGGGCGGAAUCUGAUGAGCCCUCUUUAAUGAAAGGAUAUGAACAAGAAUCGGAAUCCCCUCCUGCAGAGGAAAAGAGAGAGGAAAUUGUGGAAAGGAAGUCAAGCUUAACAGAAAUGGGCAUUAAAAUUUCAUCAGUCUUAAUGACUUCCACAACCUGUGACCAGAUCAGCUCACGGUUUGCAGAUUUCCGACAUUCGGUUUCCAAAAGCAACAGAGGAAUGUGGAUUUCCGUUGUCCUCACUGUGCUCUUUGCAGCUUUCAUCGGCCUCAUUGCCAGCUUUGCUUUUCAGCCUUCUGUGGAUGCAGCACCUGUAGGGACUGGAGACUCUUGGGUGGCAAUUCAGCAGUUCCUGUGGCCUUAUACUGGACUGAGACACAAUGGCCAGCCCCCUGUAUAAGACAUCGAUUAUCUGUGGAGGUGUUCAAAAUUCUAGGCAUUCUGCUGGAAUUGACUGAAGACACGUCACUUCUAUUAUAUGCAGUAGGUAGUUACGUGGAUAUACUGUAACACUUUCAGUGAACUGAGUAUAUUUUUUCAUCUGUCCUUUUGGGCUCUUUUAUGAACAGGGCACUGCAAACCCAAAACAUUUUUAACAGCUAAACAGCUACAGAUAACUACUGAUCGUUGUUUAGACUUUUAAUGGCUGUUGUUCUUACGGCAUUUUUAUUACAGAAAUUGCACUUCAUGCUGAUAGUCCCUUGGUUUACUGAAUAAGACUGCCUUUUUGAAGUCCACUUUUCACUUUAACAUGAUACACAAUGAGAAAUUACCAUGCACAUUUAGGGUAAUAAGCACUGAUAAUCAGGUAAUUGAUUUUGUUUUAAUUUUUGAAGUAAACUUUAACUUAUUUUAUGAUUUUUAAAAAUUAAAAUGACAUAAUCAGAGAGAACAGUGUGGGAAAAUGUGAACAUUUUUACUUUGCAGGGCUGUUGUUUUUCUGUUUGGUUAAUCAAUGUCUAUAUUAUAAAAGAAGUUGCGGUGUAAUUCCUAAAGGUAAAUGAAAACACUUUAAUAUCUUUCAAAAGAAGUGGAAAUGUGCACAAUAAAGUAAUUGUUUAAGCAUAUA